AACAGAUUUUUGUGGACAAUUAUGAACUUUACCAAAAAUAAAGUGUUUAUGUUGAACAAUGACAAUUUUAACUUUUGACAUAAAUUGAUUUUGAAGUACCACUUUUGACUUAGUUUUUGCCUUUAAACGUUGCUGCAAGAGAUGAUUCUUGUCCGUGUUGUGUUUGUGUUAUUACUAACAUGCAAAGCUUUAGCAGAGACAGUUCAUGUACGUCGUCAUCCCCGUUAUCUUGUUUUUCCUCCAGGACUCGGGAAUAAACUCCAGAUCAUCUGUGGGUUUGGUGUCCCCAUUGACGCUCCUCGUACCAGUCUCACCUAUGGACUUAUCCUCAAGACUAACUACGUCCUGCCCACCAACGCCACGCAGUUCACUGAUCCUUACGUAGCAUUUGCUCGCCGUGGGAUCGGAGCUUCUCGCUGGCAUCUCUACUAUACUGCUGAGGCUGUACUGUCUAGGCUUGGUAUAGGAGGUCGCAGUUGUUUGUUAAGAGCCGUCUGUGAAGCGGCCGAAACUCCUCUUCACCACAACGGGCUGCUGGGAGAACUGCUCCACAUCCUGCUCACUCCCACCUCCACUGAGGAUGAGCCUAUAGACUCCAGUGUGCUGCAUUACUACGCAGCAGAACGCUACGGCAGAGCUCUGCUCAGCAAUAGUUCCGCAGCACCUUGCAGUCAGCAUUACGCAGCUUGUGAUACGGGACUCUUGGACAUCGUGUCAACCCUCGUAUCCGACUCUCUAUCGUCACUUCUCUGAAAUCUUGCUCAUGUAUACUUAAACUUUAUUGAAUUAAAAGUGUUUGUAUUAUA